UUGUGCCUCUGAUGAGUAAAAACGAUGAUUCUACUGUUGUUGGUUUUAAUUAAAGGGCUUCUUUAUAUUUUAUACAGAAUUUGACCAAUCAGAGCAGUUUUAUGAAGUGAAACAGGCUUAGAAUGGAUUUAUUAUUGAUUUAAAUCUUCAUUUUUUUCUUCCAGUUAAACCCCAGAUGAGUGUCAGGUUCUUUUUAAAGUCUCUUAUUAUUGAUUUAAAUCUUUAUUUUCCUAUUUUCUCCUCCAGUUAAACCCCAGAUGCCGGGCGGCUGGACUCGGAGGCUCCUCCUGCUGAGCCUGGUUCUGGUCCUGGUUCUGGUUCUGGUUCUGGAUCCGACCAGCGGAGCCUCGACUCUGGGCCUGACGGUCGCCGUGGUUCCUCUGGACAGCGAUGGAGGACAGACGGUUCGAGCUCACUUCACCUCCAUCUCUGCCGGUUCUUGUCCGUCUCUGUCUGGGCUCUGCGCUGAAGGAGACGACUGUCUGCUCCACAGAACCUCGGUGCCGUUCACCGGAACCAGACCCGGUUCUGGGUGGUGCGUCCGGCAGUGGCAGAGAACCGUCUCCAGCAGAUACUCAGCCAACGUCAGCCUGGGGUCCGACGCUGAGUUUUACGUGUCCCUGAACGCAACACCGAAGGUUCGAGCAAACAGCGGGAGACUGAACCAGCCGGCCUUCGUCGCUCUUCCUCCUCCUCUCAGAGCUCGUGUGAACUGCCCGCAUCACUUCCGCCUGUCCGUCAAAGAUCUGGACGGAGACAAAGUUCAGUGUCGCUUCGCUCGACCGGAACGAGGAGAAUGUCUGAGCUGCGAGCGGCAUCCGUUCAUCGAGCUGCAGGAGGCGAGUUACAGAAAAAAUAAUAACAAAUAAUUAUAGUUUAACAGCUGCAGUCAGCGGGAUUUUUUACAGUGUUAUUAUUAUAAUGUACUCAGAUCAUAGACUGUAUAUAAAGAUGGACGUAGCAUCUGGCUCCAGAAUUGAAGCCCACCCAGAAGUGUCAAAAACUUGCAAUAUCACGCCGUCCGCUAGGGUUGGCUCCAAAAAGCUUUUGCUCCAUCGACCCCAAUUCAUUUUUGGAAAAAAUAAAAUUUGAUAGACUGAUGUUCUACAGCUCAGGAUUUUUUCCCGUUAGUUUUCAUGGUCAAAAUGAGAGAUCAGGUGGCCGAUCUUAAAAUAAAUCAAUACUGAAUUUUAAAUAAAUCGUUAAAGUUGGUGGAGCCAGGGGGCGUGGCUAUACUUGAUAGACAGCAACAGAAGCCUCUGCGGUAAAAUGUGGGCGGGAUAAGAGAGUCCUCAGCCAAUCCUGCCCCUAGUUGCUCUCCGGUCCAGUCUGUUUGAUGACGCUUUUUGCGUCACUGGCUCCAAAAAAUCCAAAACAGCGACCAGGAAGUAGCAAAAUCCGGGCUUCAUUUUCUCUGCGUUGAAACCAACGGGUGACGUCACGGUUAGUUUACGCCUGACUCAGACAGAUAACUACUGUUUAAUGGAUUAUAUUAGAGGAUGGAUGCAGAUCAAAGUGAGGGAUUAAAACAUAAAUCCAGACAUCCAACGUUCUAAUUAAAACGUCCAGUGAACUAAAAAUGAAACCUUCAAACCCAGCAGAUGUUUUUGGAGACAUUCUCUGGUCUGAAGUUUCCUCUUUCCGGUGAAGAAAUCCUCUUCACAUUUUACAGCAGUCGGCUGAAUUCCUCUUUAAGUUGUGAAGUUCAGAAACCGGUUUUUCCACCAGUUACAUUCCAGCUGCAGCGACUGCUUUACUGAAAAUCCUCAUCAGUGAAACGAAUCGUGCAGGAAGAUCUGAGGUUUUCUGCAGCUUUUACUCAGUUUGUGGUUGGUUUUGUUUUAUUUUUUGAUA